GUGCUGGCCGCUGGGGGAGGGCUGGGCACCUUCCGCACGAAGGGUGGGGGGACGCGGCGUGGAGCCCUCUGUGUCCGCUGGCAGCGUCCGCGAUGCCCACCGCGCGACCCCGGCCCAGCCGGCCAGCCCCGCACUACAACUCCCACGAUGCCGCGCCGGCGCCCCACGGCUUCCGGUGCUGCGCAGUUUCCGGAGCGGAUCGCAACCCGGAGUCCGGAUCCGGCCCGCUCGGCGCCGUCCCGCGCAGGUGUCAGCGAUGGCCGAAGAGGGCAGCGAAGAGAUCAUGUUCAUCUGGUGUGAAGACUGUAGCCAGUACCACGACUCUGAGUGUCCUGAGCUGGGCCCUGUGGUCAUGGUCAAGGACUCCUUUGUGCUAAGCAGGGCGAGGUCCUCCUUGCCAACCAACCUGGAGAUCCGGCGCUUGGAGGAUGGGGCAGAGGGUGUGUUUGCUGUCACCCAGCUGGUCAGGCGCACACAGUUUGGCCCAUUCGAGUCCAGAAGGGUUGCCAAGUGGGAGAAGGAGUCCGCAUUUCCAUUGAAGGUGUUCCAGAAGGAUGGGCACCCCGUGUGCUUUGACACCUCCAAUGAGGACGACUGCAACUGGAUGAUGCUGGUGAGGCCGGCGGCUGAGCCUGCGCACCAGAACCUCACAGCCUUCCAGCAGGGCAGCGAUGUGUACUUCACCACCUCGUGCGACAUCCCACCUGGCACCGAGUUGCGUGUGUGGUAUGCAGCCUUCUAUGCCAAGAAGAUGGACAAGCCCAUGCUGAAGCAGACCAGCUCCAGCGGCCACGCUGCAGGUGCCCCAGAACUGAGCACCCCUGCGGAGGCUGAGCGUGGCCCGUGGGCCUGCAAGGUGUGUGCCAGCUCCUUCCUGGAGCUGCAGCUGCUCAAUGAGCACCUCCUGGGCCACCUAGAACACGGCAAGGGGCUCCCCCCAGGCAGCCAGCCGGAGGCAGCAGCGGUGCCCGACAAGGAGCCCAGCGCACCCCGUGGGGAGCCCCCUGCAGCCCCCGAGAGCACUGGCCCCCCCAAGGAGCAGAAGAAGAAGCCUCGACGUGGGCGGAAGCCCAAAGCGUCCAAGUCCCAGCAGCCUCUGGUCAUCGUGGAGGACAAGGAGCCCACAGAACAAGUGGCCGAGAUCAUCACCGAGGUCCCACCAGAUGAGCCGGCGGGCACAGCGCCAGAUGAGCGGAUCAUGGAGCUGGUUCUGGGGAAGCUGGCCACGCCCCCUGACACCGUCAGCUCGGUGCCUAAGUUCACACACCACACGAGUGGCACGCUGGCCCUCAAGCGGGGCCUGGUCCUGGCCAGCAGACAUGGCCUGCGGCGGAAGCUGGCCCGGCAGCUGGGUGAGCACAAGCGUGUGCACCAGUGUGGGGUGUGUAGCAAGGUCUUCCAGAACAGCAGCAACCUCAGCCGCCAUGUGCGCUCGCAUGGUGACAAGUUGUUCAAGUGUGAGGAGUGUGCGAAGCUGUUCAGCCGCAAGGAGAGCCUGAAGCAGCACGUGUCCUACAAGCACAGCAGGAACGAGGUGGAUGGCGAGUACCGGCAUCGCUGCGGCACCUGUGGGAAGACCUUCCGCAUGGAGAGCGCGUUGGAGUUCCACAACUGCAGGACAGAUGACAAGACGUUCCAAUGUGAGAUGUGUUUCAGAUUCUUCUCCACCAACAGCAACCUCUCCAAGCACAAAAAGAAGCAUGGGGACAAGAAGUUCGCCUGCGGGGUCUGCAGCAAGAUGUUCUACCGCAAGGAUGUCAUGCUGGACCACCAGCGGCGCCACCUGGAGGGUGUGCGGCGGGUGAAGAGAGAGGACUUAGAGACCAGCAACGAGAGCCUGGUUCGAUACAAGAAGGAGCCCUCAGGGUGCCCGGUGUGUGGAAAGGUGUUCUCUUGUCGGAGCAACAUGAACAAGCACCUGCUCACCCAUGGCGACAAGAAGUACACCUGUGAGAUCUGCGGACGCAAGUUCUUCCGCGUGGAUGUGCUCAGGGAUCACAUUCACGUGCACUUCAAGGACAUCGCACUGAUGGAUGACCACCAGCGUGAGGAGUUCAUCGGCAAGAUCGGGAUCUCGUCAGAGGAAAACGAGGACAACUCGGAUGAGAGCGCAGACUCAGAGCCCCAUAAGUACAGCUGUAAGAGGUGUCAGCUCACCUUUGGCCGUGGCAAGGAGUACCUGAAGCACAUCAUGGAGGUGCACAAGGAGAAGGGGUAUGGCUGCAGCAUCUGCCAUCGCCGCUUCGCCCUCAAGGCCACCUACCAUGCACACAUGGUUAUCCACCGUGAGAAUCUGCCGGACCCUAACGUGCAGAAGUAUAUCCACCCCUGUGAGAUCUGCGGCCGCAUCUUCAACAGCAUUGGGAACCUGGAGCGCCACAAGCUCAUCCAUACUGGUGUGAAGAGCCACGCGUGUGAGCAGUGUGGGAAGUCCUUCGCCCGCAAGGACAUGCUCAAGGAGCACAUGCGCGUGCACGACAACAUCCGCGAGUACCUGUGUGCGGAGUGCGGCAAAGGCAUGAAGACAAAACAUGCGCUGCGCCACCACAUGAAGCUGCACAAGGGCAUCAAGGAGUACGAGUGCAAGGAGUGCCACCGCAAGUUCGCGCAGAAGGUCAACAUGCUCAAACACUACAAGCGGCACACGGGGAUUAAGGAUUUCAUGUGUGAGCUGUGUGGGAAGACUUUCAGUGAGAGGAACACGAUGGAGACGCACAAGCUCAUCCACACAGUGGGGAAGCAGUGGACGUGUUCUGUAUGCGACAAGAAGUACGUGACAGAGUACAUGCUGCAAAAGCACGUGCAGCUUACGCAUGACAAAGUGGAGGCACAGAGCUGUCAGCUGUGCGGGACCAAGGUUUCCACACGCGCCUCCAUGAGCCGGCACAUGCGGCGCAAGCACCCUGAGGUGCUUGCUGUGAGGAUUGAUGACCUGGACCACCUCCCUGAGACGACCACCAUCGACGCCUCAUCCAUCGGCAUUGUCCAGCCUGAGCUGAGCCUGGAGCAGGAGGAGCUGGCAGAAGGGAAACACUUGAAAGCUGCCAAGCGCAGCCACAAGCGGAAGCAGAAGCCCGAGGAGGAUGUUGGUGCACCUGUGCCGGAGGAUGCCACCUUCAGCGAGUACUCGGAAAAGGAGCCAGAGUUCACGAGCAGUGUGGGUGACGAGACCACCUCUGCUGUGCAGAGCAUUCAGCAGGUGGUUGUGACUCUGGGGGACCCCAAUGUGACUGCUCCAUCCAGCUCUGUUGGUCUGACCAACAUCACCAUGACACCGAUCACUACUGCGGCCGGGACUCAGUUUACCAACCUGCAGCCAGUGGCUGUGGGGCACCUCACUGCUCCUGAACGCCAGCUCCAGCUGGACAACUCCAUCCUAACUGUGACCUUUGACACCGUCAGUGGCUCUGCCAUGUUGCACAACCGGCCCAGUGAGGUCCAGAUCCACCCCCAGCCUGAGGCCUCAAAUCCACAGUCUGUGGCCCAUUUCAUCAACCUGACCACGCUGGUUAACUCUAUCACACCCCUGGGGAACCAGCUGGGUGAGCAGCACCCACUCACGUGGCGGGCCGUGCCCCAGACGGACGUGCUACCCCCACCGCAGCCCCCGGCACCCCCACAGCAGCCUGCACCACCACAGGCACAAGCAGAGCAGCCGCAGAUGUACAGCUACUGAGCCGCUGCGAUGGCCCCAAGGGUCCCAGGGGCGCUCGGGCUUGUUUGCUGAAUACCAAAACACUCCAUCAUAGGGAAGGUCGACCAGCUUUGCAGAGCCAUCUUCACACCGGCUCAGUGGAGCUGGUGUAGCCGCCCUGGCAGGCAGGAGUUCGGAACUUGAUGCCUGGUUCAUAUUACCAAGAAGGUGCAGCGGUCCAGGGCCACAGCUGGCCCCCCAGGGCCAUGUGUCUGAUGCUAAGCUGGGGGCCAGAUGAAGGGAGAGAAGCAGGAGGUGGGUGCUCUGCCAGGAGGAACCCAGGUAUCUUGUUCUGUUUUCUUUAGAGCUCAGUUAUUUUUUAAAACCCACGUGGCGUCCACAUGGCAGCACCACAGUGGACAGUUCUCGUUGGGGAUUUUUAGCAUCAACAGACAAACUAAGGGGACUUCGGUCCUCUUUUCCAGAGUGUAAGUUGGAUCUGGUUUGUCUGAUGCCUGUAGGCCAGGGCCAUGGGUGAGAUGCGCUGUGACAGUGCGUGAGUGGGGCCUUCAGGCUUGGCCUGGGCCAGGGGCCCCAGGAAGCCACCGUCUCAGAUGUGAAAGGCAUCUUGGGUGUUUAUCAGCUGAUGUUUAGUAGCUUUUUCCUUUUCUUUUUUACUGUAUUUCAACAUGUGCUCAAGCCCCUGUUGUGGCCAGUGUGUGUGUGUUUAACUUGAUAUGAAUGUGAUGGAGUCGUUUGCACUGUAGGUCGGGGCCUCACUGGAGUCUGCAGCUGUUGGCCGGGCCACGGCUGAGGCUGAGCCUGGUGCUCCCUCCGACCCUGCAGAGCUGUCUCAGGUUCUCCGCUGCAGAGUGUAUUUAUUGUGGCUGGAGCUCAGCUGCAGCCCCGAGCUAAGGACAGGGAGGAAAUGUGCGUUUUCUUUCCAUGUGGACCCUAUCUCCAAAGGUGGAUGUGUUUGAAGACCAGCUUCCUUUAAGAGUGUCAACAAGUUCAGCUCUUGCCAGGGGAGAAGCAAAGUUUUAGAAAUGCACAGAACAGUUUCCUGCAGUCUGGAAGCGGCCAGGGUAGCUCAGCAGCAGAAACCCUAAAUGCCUCCGGAGGGCGGGGGGAUGGCAGGGACACGCACGUGUGUAUCAUGCGACCAUAGCCAGAAGCACUGGACACCAAGGCAGAAGGAAGUGUGUUUGGAUUGUCCUGGUCCAUCUUUCACACUAUCCAAAAAGUAAGGAAACACUUGCUUUAUUUGUCCUUGGUCACUCUUUGUCCCCAGCCUUCUGUUAUCUGGGGCCCAGAAGAAGUCAGUGAAUGGGCAACAGAGACGGGAGUGUUUGCAGCGGUACACACACUGGGGAAGCUGAGGCAGGACGACUGCUGUGAGUUGAAGGCCAGCCUAGGCUACAUAAUGAGACUGUGUCUCAAAAUAAAAUGAGCAGUGGGUGAGCCAGCUGAUGGUGCAGUGAGAGGGAGUUGGUAUGGCGCCAAAUGUAACUUUCUCCGUACUUCACUCCACAUGACAAGCUAUUGAGGAUGGGGCUGGAACUGUGUGUAGCACAUGCUUUCCAAAGCAUGGGGGUCCGUGCUCCCAUGCAGGGGCCUUGGCUGCAGAAGCCAUGUGGGGACCCGUCUCUGUGACUGCACGCUCCAUCUCCCAUCCCUGUGGAACUCAGUGCGUGGCCAUUUGACUUUUUAAUUUAUAAUUAUUUUUAUGUUAUUUAUGUAUAUAAUGAGCUGCUUUCAACAUCCUACUUUCACAAACCAGCUCAGGCUAGGGGUGAUUUCUAACAUACUGUCUCCACUUUCCAGACCUAAGUAGUCCAGGCAACCAUGGAAUCAGCAGGUGACCCAGGGCUCCGGGAUAUUUUUGCAGAAUCAGUGAAGGUUUCUUUUAGCAUCUGCCAAAGUUUUAAGGCAAAGGACCUAGAGAGGAAGCUGGGAGGCAUAGGCCUGGCUGAGAGAUCUUGCUAGCAUGUGUCUGUUUUUCCUUUUUCCUCUGAAACAGGCUUUCUGGGGUGGUUUUAUUUUUUUUAAAGAAGUCAUUUUGUGCCUAGAGUAAGGCCGCAUCCAGUGCUUUCAGAGAUCCUAAUUUAGGUUGUGAGGCCCAUGUGCUAUCCCUGUCUGCUUAUGUGCACACUGCAGGAGCCGAGUUCUCCAAGGUCCUGUGGAUGUGGACGGUCUUACUGGGAUUCCCUCCAAGGCAGGCUAGGUUGUCUUGCAGCAGGUGCUAUGGUUUGCAUACAAGAAACUGGACAGCAAAGAACAAGGUACUCCUCAGCCCUCAGUCAUCAGUGGUAUGCGGUUCUGUACAUGGUCCACUGUGCUCUGGUGGCCAGGGUCACUCUCCUAAUGGAAGAGGCCUGGACAGAGGGUGGCCCAGCCACUCUACCAUCCAAGUCCAUGUCCAAGGCUCGAUCCAAGAUGAAAGGAUGGAUUCCUAAAGGAGGGAAUUAGAUUUAGCUGUGUGGCCAGGGCGUGCUGUGAGGCCGCCUCGGUUAUUAUAAAUUGGUAAACUGCGAGGUUUUUGUCCACCUGGGGAUGGUGGGGCCAUGGUCACAUGUGUGUGACUAUGGCAUCUGCAGGCAGCGUGGGGACAGCUGCAGGCCAGGGCACUCAGGGUCCCUGGGCUGGCUCUGGCGGAUGGAGUGUUGUCUCAGGGAAAUGCUGUGUGCCAGACUCCCUCCGUGACAGUAUAAAGCCGCUCUGGGGACUCCGCUGGAGGCAGGGCCCAUGUACCUUCUGCAUCUCCCCGAUCCAUGCCCAGGGGCCGAAGCACCUGGCUUCCGGCUUUGGGCAGUGUCUGUGAUUUCCUGUGGGGUCUUGAACAGCGUUCAAGCUGUACUUCCUGUCACAUGGGUUGUAUAACGGUAAUAAAAGGUGCUGUGACCUGUGGUUUUCAA